GUCAGAGGUUUUAGUACCGACUCCACAGCCUGGUAGAAACUGCUACAAAAUAUGUUUUAAUUUAUUUACAAGAUGUACUUAAUUUUUGCUGCUGUAUUUAGUUAACUGUGUGGUGACGCUUUUGUGUAAGUGUGCAGGUAUAAGGGCCAAGUCCAUUGGAAACUAUGAGUAGGCUCAAUGAUGUAUUUACUUAUAAUGUAGGUGCUACAGCUGUCUUCUAACUCCUGCAGUUUUAACCCCUGGGGAAAGAGGCCCUGGUACACACACUGAAUAGGUUGGUUGGUGGACAUCAUAGUUAAUCUGGACUUAAUGGUCAAGAGGAAAAUUUAUACCCCUGCCAGGAAUUGAACCCCCAGCGAUCCAAUCCCUAACCUGUCACUAUACUGAUUGAUAUGUGCUAUCUGUGUACAGUAAACAAAAUUGAAAUGAAAUAUAAAUGAAUCUUGAAUUAACCAAGGCUUGAAAAUUAACAUUGUUCUAUUCAAUAACAGGUGAGUGUAUCAAGUCCAGCAAAAUAUACAUUGGGACGUUUUGUUUCGGAAGAUAGUUUCUCGGUACCAGCAAGGAAUUUGUUGUUGCAAAACGGUGAUAAAUCUAAACUGGCACCUACACCAAGUGAAGAUGAACUGAUGGCAAACUUGGAGUGGGAUGAAGAGGACCUGAUAAAGUAUCCUGAAAGUGAAGAUGGUGGUAUUACAAUGGUUGUUGAAAACACUCUUGAAAUGGACCUGGAGGCAGAGUUGGGUCCCAUUAUUUGCGACAUGUUCGAUGGUCCACAGAGCAUGACCUCAAGCCGCAGUUUCACAGCCAGUCCCAACACUGAAAGGUAUUCUAAACUGGAAAGCAGUAGUGGUUUCGAAAGUGGCAGUAAAAUGUUGGACUCAUGCACAUCACAAAUGGCAAAUGAUUUGGAGAUGAAAGCCUGGCGAUGCUGGAGUUCAGAAGAAUCGGGUUGUGUGGAUUGGGAUGCAACAAUGACAGCUGUUACUGUACGUGGAGAAAGUGGUCAGAAUUUUACUGAACAGUGUUGGAAUGAAGCAGCUGUGACAACCCAGAGCAGCAGCAGCAGCCCAAGCGAACUGUCGACACCAGGCAGUGAAAAUCCUCAGUCAGUUUCCGCGUCGGUACCCUCUGAAUUAGAGAAUGUUGGUCCGAAAGUGAAUGUGUUGCAAUAUGCUAUUCAGGAAUGGCAGGGAAACACGAGGAAAGCAGAAACAAUAUUGCAGGGCUAUUCAGAGAUUCCUUCACUGUUGGGUCUGCAACAUUUACGCCGGAUCCGAGGGGACAACUACUGCGGUGUACGUGCUGCCAUCUUCCAGAUCUUAGCUCAGGGACUUCAUGUUCCUAGUGGUGAAAGAACUUUCCAGUAUCUGUCCCAAGCCCUUAGCAAUGAGGGCUGUAGGUGGUUGCAAGACUGGACGUUUGCUGGUCGCCUGCCGUACCAAGGCAACAACGUACUGCAUGGCAUGAAAUGUUGUCUUCGCAACUUGGACAAUGUGGCUUCUCUCUUGUCGUCGACAAACGGAGAACAAGAAGAAACGUUGGCUGCAUUGCUCAAUUCUGAUCCUAUGCUAGAUCUGCAUGUCAUGGAGGCUGUGAAACUUCACAUGCUGCAUUGUGCUAUGGAACUUCAUAAAGAGAACAGUAGUGGAUCUGACAAUGUGCCUCUCUUUGCAAUACUCAUGUUUGCGCGAGAUACUUCCGAGACACCUAAAGAUCUCAUGAACAACCAUCUCCGUGAGGUUGGAAAUUCUGGUGGUUUGGAGCAGGAUUGGGAAAAAAUAGAGAUGUUUCUCCUGGGACACACACUGGGAGUGACACUACGAGUCAUACGACCCGCGGCCUUUGGGACUGAGGAAUUCAUGUGCUCAUACCCUGAUUUGAAUGAAGGGAACUGGCCUCAGGUUUUUCUUAUCGCAGAAGAUGAUCGACACUACAACGUAUUGGUUGACUGAAGCAUUUCGUGUUGUCAUUGAGUGCAAUCACAAGAACUUACUUGAAAGCCAGACAACAGUAUGCCAGAUUGUCCCAUGCUGGGAGCACAGGUAGCAUUUAAACCAUUCUAAAGAACUAAUUGCGAAUGUGUCUAUUUGGUAUUAUGCUGGUUUCUAGAUCACUUAAUAUUGCACAUAAUGUUGAUGAGUACAGCCAUUAAAUUGUAGAAAUCACUAUAUUAUGUACAGUAUUUUGUCAGUUACCAGACAUCCUAUGAACAUAGGGUAUGUUUGUUAUGUAAUGUAGUGCAACAGAAAUUUUAAUUCUGUAGUAGGUCAGCACUAAACAUGGUGAGAUUCAGAUCUUGUGCCAUAUUGGAAGAAUACAUUCUGCGUUGAACAAAUGGAAUCCUGAGAACAACUCAUGAGCGCUAUGAGAUAUGCUUUAAUUCCUCAAGCAAUAUGUUGUCACAUUUUUAUUGUGAUAGAAUUUCCUAAUCGAACAUUUGCUGCCAAAUGCACCAAUAUUAAUUUAGUGAUUAAUUUGUAGGCAUCUGCUUGUAUUAAUAUUUCAAGGCGAUCAGGUUGAUUCACUCUCAGUUACAUUUGUCGUUUACAUGAUCUUGUUGCACUCAAACAUAUAAAACAUUUUAUAAUUAUGUACAGUAUUUUACAUAGAUUUACAGUAUUUAUUUUCAUUGGACAAGAGUAUGUUUGUGUGAUUUUAGCAGUGAGAAUGAGAUGGUUGUGUUUAAAUUUUUCUCUUACCCCAUUUGUUUCUCUACUUAUAUUUACUUAAGUAGCUUAACUGUAAGUAUGUUGUAUACAAGUAUUUUAUCUUUUUGGAAAAAUUUUUAAGAAUUUUUAAUAAAUAUAUUUUAGGUAUCCAAAAUUAAUUGAUUCAUAGGGAUGUAUUUGUAAACAAGUUUUAUGUUGUUUUAGUUCUUUCAUAUCAGCAUUAUUGUUGUUUUAGAAGGAAUUGGCUCAACGGACUGCAUCGCCUUAUGGUUAUCCAGAAUUGUGCCUGUCUCUGUGUGUCACAACAUUCAGUUGUUUGUAAACCAUCUGGCGACUGCAUUGUGCACCUCAUCUGACCACCUCAAUAUCUAUCUAUAUCAUGACUUUCCUCAUCCAUCAUUUUGUUAUCACUGCUCGUAGGACAUUCAAAAGUACAAUUUUUAUAUCAUGCAGAAUAGCACAACUUCCACAUCAAAUUUCAUCCAAAUCAUCCAGUGGUUCUUGAGUUUAGUCAACUAUGUGGACAUUACCGGCCCGUGUGGUCUCAUUAUACACUUCAUGCAAAGAACAUAAUAUAGAAGAUCAAGCAAACUUCCAAUUAAAUUAGAACAAGCUAAGAUUCAGAAAUACAGUAUGUGCCUGAAAGGCCACAACUCGGACUGGAAUAAUAUUAAAUUUUGUUAGUACUGCGUCUAUAGAAGUUUCAAUUCAGCAUGCUGUCAGGAUAGUCACAUUGUAUGUGCAAAGAAUGCAAAUGUGAUCAAGAUACAGAAAUAAAAUAUGGAUAACAGUAUUCCUGUGCACAGAUGAUAAAUUGGAAUAGCAUGGCAUGUCAUUACAAAUUGCCGAUGAUAAAACCAAAAUUGAAAUCUCCCUCUUCUCCCUGGAGGUGUAUACAUGCACUGCCUUACCCAUUUCUACAAAAAUAAGGAUUACCAAACAAGGGAGCAACUCUUUCAAUACUUGAAACAUCUUGGAAAACCUCUUAAGAGUCAUGCUUUAACCAAAGGUUAUGUCCCCAACAGCGUCACGAUCCUGCCAACCCUCUUCACUCAUUCCUGAAGACAUGCAUUACGCAAUGGAUAGACGUUGCAAAACGGCAGCUUAGCUUCGGGCCCUAAUAGCUCACGUAGCUGUUAUACCCCAGCCAACAUGGCUGCCACAACUGUAUCACAUGGGUUUACCAGAUCACAUGCACUGCCCUUUACCAGCUUUCAUGAAAAAAUUCCAUAUUUUGCAUUAACUUCCAGCACCCCUAUGCAUAUGUCCCGCAACACAUACUAUUAAAUUAUGCAUACCAUAAUUACCAGUAAUGCUACCAAACAGUAUUCGACAUUAACAUAAUUUACAAACUUAGAACUACACUACGUAGUACAUUUCUUUUCUUUUAAUUGGUGCAUGGAACAGAUUUCAUUUGCGUAAUUUCAUUUUUUUUAAAUGACACUGAACACACUUCUAUAAUUUAAACAACAUUUUAUUGUAGUGUUAAUAGCAACAAAUUACUGUAAGUGCAUGCAUCUUAUGAUACUUUAGCUCCUAAACUAACAGGGAAUUUUUACUUUGUUUCUUGAUCCAUAUUUGUUUUAAAAGUCAAAUUAAAUGAUAUUCAGACAGCUUGCAGCAACUGAUAUUUAGGGCCAUUAAUCUGUUAGUAAUUUAAAUUAAUUCUUACUGUUAAUCAGUGAAGCUGCAAAUUAUUUGAAUAACAGAAACAUAUUUUGACAUUCAAAAUAAUAUAAUAUUAUUAAACAAAUGACAUAUGACAUUUGAAGUCUGAAGCUUUCAAAUCAUUUCUAUAAAUUGCAACAGAGCUGACAUUAAUAUCAGACUUUAGGUUCAAAUCCUAAUUUUAAUAAAUGACAAUAAGAAAUAAUCAUAUCACAUAAACAGCAAUAUUAACAAAUGAGUGUAAUAUUAUAAACUGGGUUUUGAAUCCAUACUGUACUGAUUAAUGAAGGAACAUAUUGGCAAAGAAUUAACUGUGAUUGAUUCAUCAAGACAUACCUAAUGAUACGAUUAAAACAAUGAUGAUUGUAAUAUUGAUGAAAAACAGAUUUUCCCAUUGUGCAAGCUACCUUCUAGGAUGUAAUAUUUGUCAUCAUGAAUUAUGAGGAAUUAUUGUUUUUGCUUCAAAGGGUAAGUUGUUGGCAUUCUGAUCAUUUGUUUUACUUAGUGCCUGUCAUGAAGUUACAUAUGUAAGAGCUUCAACAUUUGAAGUAUUUAUCUCUUGUUCCUCUCCAAAAAUAUAAUAGUGAAACUGUACAAACUGACUAUAAUAAAAUAUAUACUUGUUUUGUGCAUGAAACAUAACAUGCAUGAUGCAGAACAUAAUCUAUUUUUAAUGUAAUGGAGUGAGUAAGAAUAUAAUAUUUGUACUUUUGCUCACAAAAUAUAUAUUGCGUGUACAUACAGGAUAUUACGUUUGAUUGCUUAAUUGGUUCUGUGUUCUUACAGUUGUUAUUAAUAUAUUACUGUAUUUUUGCACAAAUUUAUCGAAAAAACAGAAAGAUCAGUGCUGAUGACAAAGUGCAGAGAUCAGUGAAUGAACGUUUAAAUUCUUCUGUUAUCAAAACUUAGUUGAAAAAUACAUAUAACCUGACUACUCAGAAUUGGAAGUGUGUAUAAUGGCAGCAAAUCCACCAGUGACAAGUGCAUGACGAAAUGAUGCAACUAAUGUGUGUUUGAAUGAUUCAUAGUAGAUUUACUUGCUUCCCAGUAUUGUAUACAAAAUGUAACUUGAAUGUAAUGUGUAUAUGUUAUCAUAAAAGCCCGAAUGUUGGUGAAACCUAGGAUUUACCAGACAAACCUAGGUUUUACCAAACAGUGUAGGUAAAAGUCUGAAAAAAGAACUAUUCACGUCUUAUUUCGGGGUUUUACCAUUCACUGUUGGUAAAACCCCAUUUUUGGGGUUUAGAAACAUACAUUCCUUAUCUUCGUUGCAUUUUUAAAAAGUUAAACAGAAAUAAAAAUAAUAGAUAAAAACAUUGCAAGAAAUAGAAAAAUUGUGAAAUAAAAAAUGAGACGUUUCAAUCAUCAAAGUAUUUUUUUUUUUUUUUCACUGCUGUUUCAAGACUUACCUGUUGCAACAAGGUUAGCUAUUAUGACAUUUGAAAUUUCAUAACACAACAGACAAUUUUCACAAGCACUUUUUUGCUAACCUAACCUAACCUUUUUACUACCUGCUUAUGGUAAAUCCUAGCAUUUACCAACACCCAUUGGUAUGACCCCAAAAUAAGAUUCGAAUAGUUAUUUUUUCGGCCUUUUACCAACAAAACCUAGGUUUGUCUGGUAAAUCCUAGGUCUCACCAAUAUUCAGGCUUUUACAGUAACAUAUAUACAUUACAGUCUGUUGUUAGUAAUAUAUUAUCGAGUGCCUCCUGAAAUGAAGAUUUAUGAUAUUUACCUAUUUAUGUGAUAAGUGCAGUUUCCAAAGUAUAUGAAAAUGAUAAGGGAAAACUAGUGAGAUUAACACGUGAAACUUGUUGUGCUUAUCAGUUAUUUUAUUCAAUUAAUUUACUAUUUACCCAGCAGUUACUGUGAACGGGUCAUUCCAUGUCAAAUCAACAAAUGCAUGUUGCAUCACUGUCUUGAUGUGUGACUUAAUAUGAAGUAUGCCAGUACUGAACUUCACAGUAUUAUAGGUUCUCAAGAAGUAUAUACAUAAAAAUGUCACGCGAUAUUUUUACACAGAAGUAAUUCUGGAACCUUUUAUUAGAUUAUUUUACCCUGAACUUGUAAAUUUAUGAGAAUACUUUUAGGGCAUAUUUAUUUGAUUGCCAUUGUUAGCCAGUUUUAGUAUGUAUUUUAGUUACCACAAAAUUACAUCAUUUUCAUAAGCUAGCAAAAAUAGACAUUUAUGAUAUCGUAUACCUCAGAAUUUUUGUAAGAUUCAACUAUGAACCUGUUCAAGAGUACAAUUAAUUCUUCUCAGGCUACCAGCCAUAUCAGGUGUUUCUUGCGGUUAAACCACCUGACAUGGCUGGUAGCCGAAGAAGAAUUCAUUAUACUUAGUCCCUGUGAAAGCUUCAGGCAGUCCUCAGAUAAUUGAGGUGAAAUAGGAUAUAAUUCGGUUAUAAUGCAAAAAAGUCCUUUUACCUACCUCAUUUAAUUUGGUCUGUCAGCUUACACAUGCUUGUUACUGCUACAUGACAAGCAUGUGUGAGCUGACAUGUGGCUACUUACCAGUCAUGAGAAUUGCUCUAUCUGUCACUGCCUACUCUUUGUAUGCUACUAUCAUAUAUAUAUAUCAAGCUCAUUCUGAAAUAAUUCUUUUAGUAUUUGUGCACCAACACAUACAUACAGUUUUCAUUGCUUUACACACAUAUCAAUUCCUCCACCCAAGAAAAUUUAUUUAUUAUAUUACCACAGUUACUGUGUUGUUAUUGAUCUGUGACAUAAACAGGGUGUCUGAAAAGUUGGAAUCUAUUUUAGGAAGCAAUGAUUGGUGGUCAGAACUUCGCACCCUGGCAACAUUGUUGCCGGUGCCUGACAUUUGGGGCCACAACCUGGAAUCCUGCAAAACAAGGCUGAUGUGUUCACGUUUUGUAUUAGAGAUACUUUUUUAGUAUUUCAAAGUAGAGGUAGGAGUGCAAUGCUAAAUUUUGAGUGUAUUAUUUUCUGUACAUCAAUACAUCUUUGGUAUAAAUAAUACCUGGGUAGAUGAGAUAUGAAAAUGGACCAUUUUCACUGUGUAAUGAAACUGUAUCUUAUUUCACUUCAAUUAUAUGUGAAGUGCCUGAACCUACAACUUAACAACAGCGCUCUUGAGAGUCAAAAUGUGCAUGUUCACUCCGAAGAGACUACUCGUCUUGCAUACAGAGUUGUACAGAAUUUGGUGAUAUUGAGUGUAACUAUUUUUCUGAUAUUUUUUGAGGUGGAAUGAUCCUACAAUUAUUUAUGUUCCAGAUGUUUCUAGUGCCUUCAUUUACAGACAGUCAUUAAUAAACAUGUGUACUCCACAUAAAUCUUGGUAUUUUAGUUUGUACCAGUGUAUAUCAAAUCACAUGCAGAUAUCAUGCCAGUGGAGAUGACUAUAAUCAUCAGAAAUAUAACUGAUUUAAUUCUGGGAAGAAACAUUUAACAAAAUCAAAUCAGUGUGGGGCAGAAUAAUUUCUUUAACUUGUAAAUUGUACGUCACUGGAUUGUAGCUCAGUACUGUAAGUUGUUUUGAUACAUACCCAGAUUUAUCAAAUUGAGUUUUGGCCAAAGGAACCUUGCUAUUUUGUACAGGUUUAUAUUUAUGCUAUUUCUUGAUAAUUCAUGAGAAAUUAUUUUUCCCCUUUGCUAAAUUCUUAAGUUAUUAGAAGAGUGAACAGAGUUGUGUAAAUGGAGUAGUGUGGACUUGUAGUUACAGUGAAUGUAACAAUAAAACUGUUUAAAUAAGAGAACA